GAAUAAGUGAAAGAGAGCUUGAUAUAACUAUAUUUGGGGUCGGGAUUCUAGUCAAAUUUCUUUGUGUUCUUCCUUGUGAGCAUUUGAUUUUGUGUUUUGUGAAGAUUGAUACUUCUCAGUCAGCUUUUUUUAUUUUUUUUUUUGGUUAUUUUUUCUUGAAUUUUUCACUUGUUUCUUUUACAGAUGAAGGGGUAUCUCCAAGAAAGUUUUUAAGUAUUUUUUAGUUGUUUUUCUGAUAUAACUUGGAUUUGGGGAAUUGAAAAUGAAAUCUUUGAGCAGUGUAGGACUUGGUUUGAGCAUAGUUUUUGGUUGUCUCUUGUUAGCUUUGGUAGCUGAGUUGUAUUACUUGUUAUGGUGGAAGAACAGGCUAACCAGCAGAAAUUUGGAUAAUGGUUACAGCAAUCCAGCUAGAGAUUUCUUUGUCAUGUUUUGUUGGAAAAGGUCAUCUUCCAUGGCUCACUCAGCUUUGAAUCCUCAAGAACAACAAUCUCAUCUUCACCAUCUGAACUCAAACAAAGAUUUGUUGCUCAAACCUUUUGGUCACCAUCAUCAUCAGGAUGAUCAUGGUGUUUCAGGGCCACCAAGAUUUCUCUUCACAAUUGUUGAAGAAACAACAGAGGAUUUGGAGGCAGAGAGUAGAGUAGGGUCAAGAGGGAGGAGCUUGAGUGAUAUACUUGUCACUGUUGAAACCCCAUUUUUAACCCCUCUUUCUUCUCCACCAUUUUUCACUCCUCCUCUUACUCCAAUGGAUGCCUGUUACAGUCACCAUGGAUUCAACCCCUUGUUUGAAUCUGCAACUGAUGCAGAGUUCAAUAGGAUAAGGUCUUCACCUCCUCCAAAGUUCAGGUUCUUGCAAGAAGCAGAGCAGAAGCUUCAUAUGGAAAGAUUAAUGGAAGAAGAUCAUAGUAAUGAUGGACUUGAUCAAGAAAAUGGUGACAUGACUCCUUCAAAGCAUCUCAAAGAUGAGGAAGAUGGAUCUUUUAUUACAAUCAUCGUUGAUGGGAACAACGAAGGAGGGUUUAAUCACAAUCAUCAACAGCAAUCUCAUUCAAGUACUACUUCUCAGACAAAGGCGGAUCCAAACCAUGAAGUAAGGUACUUCCUCUUAGUUCAUCACCUUCAACAUUCAUGUCACCAGCCAGGGCUAUUCCCAUCUAACAAGGUUUUUAGAGUUUCAUGACCAACCAAAAGUAAAAUGAAAAUUCCUUUUCUUCUUUGUACUUUUAGGUUUUGAUUUAUUAUUAUUAUUAUUAUUUGCUUAAUUUGCUAUGUGAUCUUUUGAGGGAGAAAGACAACAUUUUAUGCAAGCGGGAGGGGACUAGUGGGAUUAAUUGUUUUAUUUCUAUCUCCAUGUCUCCUCGGCUGUUUGAUAACUGUAAUCAUUCUGCAAGUGAAUUGAUUUAUUAAUGUUCUUUCUUCACAGAGCACUGUAAUUUUUUUUUUUUUAUCAAAAUUAAUGGUAAAAGUUGUCCAAUUUUCUAGAUCAAACUAAAAUGCAUAAUUUAUCAGAUUUCAUAAAUAUCAUGCAUUCGAAAUUACCAUUAACGAAAAGUUCAAAUAAAAUUCAAAUUCACAAGACUAAAAGUUUAGAUGAAAUUUGAAUUCAAUACUCGUCUAGUGAACGAAUUUAGCAAUUGAGCUAACCCUUAAAAACUAUUCAUGUUAAGUUCAAGAUUUAAUUCAAUUAAUUCAUACAACAAUAUUUAAAAGAUGAUAUCCAAAGCUUAAGAUUUAGAAUAGGCUUAAGAUUUAGAUCCGGACAUACGUAAUCUCAUUCCUUAUUUUUAGGUAUCUUUGUAAGAAAACUUGUCGAUGUUAGCACGCUGGUAUUCUUCUUCCGCUUGAUGAUUAUAGUUUAGUUUUUACUCCACUGAAAAUUUUUGGAACAUAAUGUGAUGCGGACCAUCUGAUGAGCACCUGACAAAGGUAGAUGGAAGUGGGGUUUUUGGUGGGCCAAAAUGGGCUACAGUUUUAUCUAUAAAAUCUACAUGUGCAUGAAAAAAGUGUACAUCAUGCUUCAAUAAAAUGACAAAAUUGGUAGUGACUUGUAAGAUGGCUUUAGGCCUUUUCCAAAACAACAAAAUGAUGCAAUUGCCUGUUAAAGUGUGUCAUAAUGCUUUACCCACCUUGAAAAAUCAUUACAAUGGACAGUGAUACAGCAGUUUGAUCUGUCUGGAAGAGAAACUAAUGAAAUACAAGAUCAUACUUGCUUCAGAUUCAAAAUUUAACUAUGGAAGAAAGCAACAGCACCUUGAGCUUGAUAAGGUUAACUGGUUA